AUGGAUAUCCAAAUUUCGCCAGCGACAAUCGACGACAUCCCAGAAAUCCUGGAACUCGCCAAGAAAGCACGCGUGGACAUGUACCCGCAUCUGGAUGAGCAAUGGCGCGCCAUGAAGGCCGGGCAAGAUCUUGCAACGUUCCAGAAGACAUUUUUCAAUCACCCAGAUGGAGCCUUUAUUUUGGAUAUCAACACUACGACUACCGGUUUCCCCAGCUCACUCUACUACCCGAUGGCGUCGUCGAAGUUGUGA